AUGGCACUGAGGACUGCUUUGUCUGCUAUUGCCAUCUUUGGAGCAGUCUCUGAUGCUAUACCAAGGAUCGCAUAUCCGAUCAAUUCUCAAUUUCCACCCAUUGCACGCGUGUCAAUACCAUAUUCGUAUACAUUUCCUCAAUCAACAUUCACUUCAACAUCAUCUCUUCGCUAUAGUUUAUCGAAUUCACCUCAGUGGCUCUCCAUAGAUAGCACUUCUCGAACAUUAUCAGGCAUACCAUCUAGUAGUGAUGUUGAUACUGGGACGGCGACAGAAAUCACCUUCGGGGUGAUCGCAAGCGACCCCUCGGGCUCAGUGACCUCCAAUACCACUCUAGUAGUGUCCAAAAACUCACCACCGACAAUUAAGAUACCGGCACAAUCACAGCUGUCAUCGGAGGGGCCAUUCUCGGCACCUUCUACAUUAUUAUAUCACCCUUCGUCGCCCUUCAAGAUCACCUUCGAUCCAGCAACAUUCUCCAGCAGUAGCGGAACAACACUUAUAUACUACGCAUUGACAGUUGAUGAUACACCUCUGCCUUCCUGGGUUCUUUUCGAUGAGAGCACUCUUACUUUUAGCGGUGAAACUCCAGAGUAUGCCUCUCUCAUACAACCACCUCAAACAUUUGGAGUUCAGCUUAUUGCUUCGGACAUAGCUGGAUAUUCUGGAGCAUCCAUUCCUUUCAACUUUAGGGUCGGGGUACACCUUCUAGCAUUCAGCACAGUAAGUUCAGUUGUCAACGCCACACCAGGGGUGGAGAUCAACUACACGGGUUUACAGGAUAGCCUUCAGCUCGAUGGGCAGGCCGCCAAUGCUUCAAGUAUAGCCUCAAUUACUGCUCAAACACCGGCAUGGCUUACCUUCGAUAAUACUACUUUCAGCCUAACUGGCACACCGCCAGCCGACGCCAUUUCGUAUAACGUCUCUGUGCAAGCAGUGGAUAUAUAUGGGGAUAAUGUCAAUACUCUGGUCUUCAUCAAGAUAGCUAUGGCAUUGUUCAUUGGUCCGAUCAAAGAUGUGAAUGCAACUAUUGGUUCUAAAUUCUCCUUCAGCCUCGGCGCCUACAUUGAGAACACCCAUAACACUACUUUAACGGCACAAGUAUCUCCACCAACAGAUUGGAUAUAUUUUGAUUCUCACGGCUUUGUGAUAUCGGGGAAGGUGCCUACCUCUGCUAAGCCCUCCAGUAUCAACAUCACACUCACAGCCACCUCUAAGACAUCGAAACGCUCAAGCUCUGAAUCUUUUAAUUUGGCCAUCAAUGCUUCCGAUGGCGCCUCAUCUACGGGAUCAUCUGGCUUGACUCCAUCAACAUCGGGUACACCCGCAGCAUCGGAUAUAAAUCCAUCUGCAAGCAAGAAAUUGAGCAAAGGAGUGAUAGCAGCAAUUGUGGUUCCGGUACUAAUCGUCUUCAUAGCACUUCUUCUCUGUCUGUUCUAUUAUCGGAAACGUCGCUCUGCUUCCUCGUUAGGUUCUGGGGGUCCUUCCAAAGAAGACAUUUCGGGCCCCAUGAGAAGUACUUCAAGCAUAGUUGAACGCACCUACUCCGCUAAAAGGAUUGCACCGCUUCAGCUCGAUACCUCUGGCUUCUCUAUCGAAGCUAGUUCUAGUGUGUAUACGUCAACCACGCCCAAUAUCGUAGUUUAUGACAGCCGAAAAUCACUCCGUCGUUCGCAAACUUUGGCUCCAAAGUCAAACUUCCGCGAGUCUCAGGGCUCAGCGAACCGGGCUCGUGCAUACUCAGAAAAUGCUUUGAGCAAAACUCCUAAUAGGAGCACUUGGAGGAAUACUCAAGACACUGGUUAUACCUUGGAUUCGAGUACGAGAACAAAUAGUAGUAACAUGUUGCAACGAAAUUAUUCGAAUUAUUCGAGGAAAGGACAUACAAGGCGGUCGCAGUACGUUAGUGGCAACGAUCCAAGGCCGAGGAACAGUGAUAUGAGUCUUCUUGAUACCAACAUUUCGGAUGGUACAAUAUUAAACCUAACGGGCAGCAACUUUUCAUCCUCUCCUCUGGAUAACUUCUCAGUCAUAUCGGGAGAUUGGAGCAAAGCUGCACGGUCGCCUCUCGCACCACGCCAGAGCAGAUUGGGCCAAAAUACCGAAAAGAGACGAGUGCAUCGGAAAUCGACAACUCGAAACUUACAUUUCGCGUUAGGAGACGGUGUAGAUAAGAGAAUAAGUGGGAUUGGUCAUGGAGCUCGAGAAUCAAUGUCCUCGUUUGAUAUUCUAAACACUCCAGGCCAUAGAGGAAGCAUAGGCCAUGGUCAACACCCGAGUCUUGCUCGAAAUUCUCGCACAUGGAAAACAGUAAAUACGAUUGACACAGAAGGUGAUAAACAUCGGAGUGUGACGAGCGUGUACUCGUCCGCCUCCACCAAUCUUUUGAAGUUCGCACAAGCAACUGUUUCGCCAAGCGGAGGCAACGAGAUGCUGAGUAUAAAAACUGUGCCCAAAAGUCCUCUUGCGCCAGCACCAAUCUGGGAACAGGAGACUGGGGGGAAUAGUAGGAUAUCUCAUAGUAGCUUUAGCACCCGUCCUGUAUCCCGACGCGGAGGUGUCUCUCCAUUCUUUAGCGGUGGUAGGAUGGCUUCCGUGCGUCGGAAAGCGAGGAGAAGUUAUGCGGAUUCUCCUACCGUUCCAGAAGAAGUACAAAUCGACAAUGAGCUCCAAGUCACUGGUACAGGAAUCAACAACGAUUCAUUGGGUAUAACAUACCCUAAUGGCUACUCCAGCGCUAAAGAAGGAACACGUCAAUUGCGCUCUUAUAUCCAAGCUACAUUUAGCAAGUCACGACUUAAAGGAAGCGAUAGUAUGGCUAGCAUGGAUAGUCGCUUCGAUAGCGUUUCUCCCAGUAUGCAAGAAUUCCAGAUUAAUCAUGGAACUUCACAGCCACAGGGAAAUAUAUCACAAAGUCAGAGUCGUCACACACAACUUCUCGAAAUGGACAGAAGAGAACGGGAAAGAGAAGUCGGACAGGAGAAUAUGGAAACUGGAAGUGAUAUCCAUCCCAGCGAAUUUAGCGCUGGCAGCUGGGAAAGUAUGGGAGAAAACACGGAUGUGGAUUCGCAACCUAAUUUCAUUCGUCAUGGAACGGAUACGAAUAUUCCACAAAUACCACAAAUUCCUACGGGAAGCACUGGUACUAGGGGUAGAAGUAACACCCUGGCCAUCCCCUCCUUCUCCCCGUUCCUCUCUAAUCCCUACACCCCCGAACUGGUGACCCAAACCUCGUCUCAAAACCAACGACGGCGCUCUACCGAAACCGAUCUCAAAGGAAAAGAACGAGAUGAGAAAGAAGCGCGAGAAACAAGAGAAAAAAGUCCCGUGAUGGGCAAUCUAUUCGUAGGACCCAAUGCGCGAAUGGUGAUGGGGGCGGGCAGAAGACCCAUUAGUGUGGAUGCGAGGGAAAAUAAAAGGAUUAGUAGUACGAAGGCGAAGAUGGGGAGGCAUGGGGAGCAUGGAGAGAGUAGUGUUACGCUGGGGAGUUUGUUUGGGAGUGUGGGGAGUCCGCCGGGGAGUAGGGGUGGUGAUGGUGAUGGGGAUGGGAAGGCGAAGGGCAUGGGAGCUGGGAAGGGAGGUGGGAAUGGGAGAUUGGGGUUUGGAGGGAGUGAGGGGGAUUUUAGUGCGUAUAUUUAG